AGGGUUUCCUGUAUCCAGUAUUAUUUUAACACUAGUGUACACAACAUCCAUACUAUACCCAGGGUUUCCUGUAUCCAGUAUUAUUUUAACACUAGUGUACACAACAUCCAUACUAACCCCAGGGUUUCCUAUAUCCAGUAUUAUUUUAACACUAGUGUACACAACAUCCAUACUAUACCCAGGGUUUCCUGUAACCAGUAUUAUUUUAACACUAGUGUACACAACAUCCAUACUAUACCCAGGGUUUCCUGUAACCAGUAUUAUUUUAACACUAGUGUAUACAACAUCCAUACUAUACCCAGGGUUUCCUGUAACCAUUAUUAUUUUAACACUAGUGUAUACCACAUCCAUACUAUACCCAGGGUUUCCUGUAACCAGUAUUAUUUUAACACUAGUGUAUACUACAUCCAUACUAUACCCAGGGUUUCCUGUAACCAGUAUUAUUUUAACACUAGUGUACACCACAUCUAUACUAUACCCAGGGUUUCCUGUAACCAGAAGAAAAUGAAUCAGGAUGAAGAUGAAAGUGAAUAUGAUAGUGAUGAAGAAGGUUUGGAACCAAGAGAAGUUAAACCAAUGUUCGAACAAGUUGUUGUUAAGAAGCUUCGUCAAUGCAACAAUUCUCCCAGGUUUGAAGAUAGGCCUGCUUGUAUGGAUGCCGGAUUCAUCUCUGUAAAGCAGGAGAAGGAUAAAGAUUCCGAAUUUAUAAGAAUUAAUCCUUUAAACGCUGAAACUCAGCUGGGAGUUUUUCUUAUAGAACAUUCAACUAAUACAGAGGAUAUUCUGUGUACCUCCUCCAGUAUGAACCAUAAGGAAGGAGGUUGGCCUAAAGAGGUUAAUCACGAAGAUAGAAUGCAAACACAUAGAUACAAAAAAAAAUGUGAAAAAGACGAUAUGUACAAAUAUUCUCUGGUAAAAAUGAUGUUGAGAGCGGAAACUAUUGUGAAGCAGAAUAAUUCUUUAGAGAUGUGUGAACAAUAUUUUGAAUACGAAUCCAAUGUAUUCUCGGUUCAAUCAACAGCUCCCGGUAUAACCGGAGUUCAUCUCAUCAAGGAUUUCAGUGGAGAUGAGAGAUGUGUUAGUUCGAUAACAUGGAAGGCUGGACAUGAUUGCCAGAUGGCAGUCUCCUUCUCUCCUUGGGAGUUCCAGGAAUACAAGGAGCAAUCAUCAACUGAAGCUUACAUCUCAGAUAUCAGGGAUUCCUCCAAACAAAUAUCAACUCUAGGAUCUCCAAGCCAUAUUACUUCUCUCAUGUUCAACCCCUGUGAGGUGGACAUAUUAGCUGGAGGAACCCAUUUCGGACAGGCCGGUAUAUGGGACUCUAGGAUAGCAAGUAAACCUGUUCUGAUUACAGGUCAUGAGACUAGUCAUACUGAACCUGUGUACAGCACUCUAUGGACGAGUCCUAUGAAAUCCUAUUCAGAAUUCAUCACAGGUUCGGGAGACGGUAUGGUUAAAUGGUGGGAUAUUCGAUCCCUUUCUAAACCACUGGACACUCUUGUGAUGGACCCGGAGCAUGGUUCAAGAGACCAGGCUGAGAGUGUGAGCUGUAUGGAGUUCGAACCAUCCAUCCCAAUCAGGUUCAUGGUCGGAACCAACCAGGGGAACGUGUACGGGUGCUUCAGAAAAGGUGAAGGAAUUGAGAAGAUUGUUAAUUCCUAUUCUGCUCACUCUGGUCCAGUCUACUCUAUACAUAGAAACCCAACCUAUCCUAAGAUAUUUUUAACAGUUGGUGACUGGAGAACGAACAUUUUAUGCGAGGAUAUUCAGGAAAGUAUAAUACGAACAAGAUGGGCUCCAGACCUUCUCACAUGUGGAAAAUGGUCAGUUAGCUGUCCCAGCGUUUACUAUGUUGGAAGAAACGAUGGUGUUCUUGAGGAAACAUUGAACUAUAACAUUUUUUUUUUUUACAAGAAGAAGUUGUUUACAAUGUAA